UAUCAAGAGCAUUAAGCGCUUACGUGGAGUCAUAAAAGAGGUAGAAGAGUAAAGAAAGAAAGAUAAGAAGAAGAACAAAAUAUUUAAGUUCUUUUGUUUACAGUAAACAAGCAGAGAUGUAAAAGUCCAACUUCAGAAAGUGCAAGUCCUGCCAGGUGUUGAUUCUGUGUGCUUAACACAGGUGAUUUCACUAAUUAACUAAUCUACCUGGCUUAAAAAAAUGUGCUAAUUAGAAUCAGAUUAUUUAAAUGAAUGGUUGGAAUAAAAAUGUGGCAUGACUUACUUUCUGAAGCUGAACUUUUACACCUCUGUAAGUGAUCACAUUACAAAGUAAUAGGCAAUACAAGCAACUGAUUAUGUGUGCUGUUGGAUGGUAAUUACACUAAAUAUCUCCUUUUUGGAGGGCAUAUCAUGUUUUUUUGUUUGUUUUUGUGGCCCCAAUAAUACAAUAUGGGUGAGUCCUUGCAUGGGAAAUGCAUAUGACAGACAUACUGUAAUAUAGCAGCAGGGGAAAAAAUGCCAGAAGCUAUAGGUGUCUGAGAGUUUGUCAUACCUUUCAGUAGAUCAAGGCCACGGCUUAGACGGCAUUGUUGUUAGAUGACCUAAUUAUAACCUUUUACAACAAGGAAGCAUGUGUGUGUUAUAUUUCCCCCAAGUAUAUAAGGCUGUGCUUUGACCUGGUUUCCAUUUUCAAGCUGAGAUUCAGUGUCGAACACCAACUACAAGUGAGUUCAAAAUGUUUAUUUUACCUUUUUAAAAUGGCACUGCAGUUUCGGUUAGUGUAAGGAUGUUACACUGUCGUUGUUGUUGUAUUUUAUCUUAAUUCAAAUCUUCUGGUUCAUCAAAACCAACUAGUUAUGAACUUUUUUAGAAUUUCUUAUUUCAAUUUCUGACUUUAACUCACUCUUAGCAACACUGUAGGCAUAUUGUCUAUAUGAACCUUAUUAUUUAGUGUUUUUUAAAUUAAAUAAUUACCUAUAGGUCUCAAACCCUACUCUCUAUUCCCAAAACCUUGCAACAAAUCAGCAAAACAUUUAAAAUGAUUUGAAAAACUCCUUAAACUCUUUUAAAAAUCUUGUUUUUGUGUCAAAACAGUUUAUAGAUUGUAUUGCGAAGCUCUAGAAUCUUUGGUUAACACAAUCAUCGUGUGAAUAAGCACACAAAGCACCAGCUACUGUACACAUUGAUACAAAUAAAUAUGCUACAGUACAUCUCGCCUUUAUUCUAUGUCUGGCCAGAAGAUUUCAUCCACAUCACAAUGUUGUGUUGUACAGGCAUCUCCUGGUAUGGUCUUACUUCUUCAUCUCACCAUCCUCCUCCCCUCCUCUAAUUAUAUCCCCUCUCACUCUCUGUCCAAAAUUAUACUAGAUUUUAGUGUGGACCAAAGUUGUACCUGUGACUGAUUUCUGAAAAAAAAAAUGUUUUACCAAACUCUUUAAAAGAGUUUUUAUUGUGAGCUAUACUUGCCCAUUCUAUGCAAAACUUCAUUUCAACAUGCCUUUCUGUAAGAAAAACUGCCUGAAGCAAAGAGGAAAGAGUUAAUAGUAAACCGUGAUGCAAGCCCUCAAUGAAACAAUCUUAAGAAUACACGAGGCACUCUGUAAUUAAAGUGAUUUACACUUGAAGAGUGAUCCUGAAUGCAUCAUUCAAUAAUUUUCUUAUCAUUCUAACAGGAUAUUGGCAACACCACAUACUGUCAUCUAACAAAGAGAAGGCAUCAACAUGGCCUAUGUAACAAGUGGUACUUCAUCCCCAUUGCGGUUUUUGGUGCAAAAGAAAAUUCAGAUCAGACUUGGACCCCCAAUUGCCUACCGACUGCCAACAGAGAAGAGAUACGUGAAUGAGAAUCCAAUGAUCCGAAGAUGGACAUUUGGCGAGAGAGACCCGAGGAAAAUGAACAAAACCAUUCUGCUGGUGGGGGAGACUGGUACAGGGAAAACCAGCAUCAUCAACACUUUGGUCAACUACCUCCUGGGCAUUAAGUGGGAGGAUAAAGUCUGGUUCGAUAUCACAGAGGAGGUAGAGGUGAAACUGUCUGAAACCAAAACAACCAACAUCACUGUUUAUGAGGUCUUUGUGGAGGAGAACCCAAUCUGCCUCACCAUCAUUGAUACCCCUGGGUAUGCUUAUACAAGAGGGAUGGAAUAUGACCUACUGAUAGCUGAGAAUCUGAACAAGCUGUUCAGAUCUGAGGAUGAGGUCCGCGGCAUCGACGCCAUUGGGCUUGUGGUGCGAUCCACUCAGAACCGACUCACAGCCUCUCAGCGCUACAUCUUCGACGCAAUUCUGUCACUGUUUGGGAAAGACUUGGAGAAAAACAUAGUGCUUUUUGUCACACAUGCAGAUGGGAAGUCCCCCAAAAAUGUACUGGCUGCCAUUUCUGAAGGGAAUAUUCUUUGUGCCAAAAGCGAAUACAACCAGCCUAUCCACUUCUUGUUUGAUAACUGCCAACCUGAUUUGAACAAGGAUUUUGAAAGCCUUCACAAAUCAGCCUGGAACAUGGGCAUGCAGAGUGUUGAAAAAUUCUUCAACUUUUUGAAGACAACUGACAAGAAAAAUUUGCGGUCCACAAGGGGUGUUCUGAGAGAGCGGAAGCAACUAGAGAUUUGCAUCGGCAACCUGGAAGAACGGAUCAAUGCUAUUAACCUUAAGGAAGGUGAAAUCGCACAAAUCAAUGCAGCCAUGGAACAAAACCGUCAAGAUCUGGAAUCAUGCGAGAAGUUACAAUUUGAAGUCGAUGAGCCGUACAGAGAGAAGGUCAACACUGGGCCAAAUCCGAAAAAAUCCAAAAAAGUAACCUCAUGCGAUACGUGUCAGGAGAAUUGCCACUUCCCAAAUUGUUCAGAAAAAUUAAAAUGGUGCAAAGCCAUGAAGAAGAAGUAUUGCACUGUGUGUACUGGCAAAUGCCACUACACUAAGCACACAAAGGAGGCUAAGAUGUACGUCCAGAAGACAAGGAAGGUGAUUAAAGUCAAUGAGGAGCUCAAAACAAAAUAUGAGGAGGAAUAUCAGGAGAAGGUGGAGCUGAAGAACCAAGUCGAGGGCGAGUUGGAAGCCCUGCAAGAGGAGAAGGUGCAGCUGAUGGAGGAGGCCUACCAGAGCAUCCUCACCCUGGAGAGGAUCGCCCUCAAGAGUGACUCCCUCUCCACACUGCUCCAUUUGGACUUCCUGAUCGACAACCUGAAGGAAGCCGGAAACUCGGAGAAAGUCCAGUCACUGGAGGAGCUGAAGACCACUGAGGAGGCCAACAACGCCGCCAUGGUCUACUUAAGGGCAGGCCUGGGAAGAGCAGAGAGGGGUGCACAAGUGGCCAGCCAUGAUGCAAGCUUACCCGAGCAAGAGCAAGACAAGAAUGUCGUGUAUCAGAGCAUCACCCUAGCGAAACCAAAACCCUAUGAAACCGUCAGUGCAGCUCAUAUCAAACCUAGUGUCCUUGAAGCCUUGGCCCAAAUGAAGUCAAAGCCAUAUGAGACCCUCAGUGCAAGUAAGAUGAAGCCUGUCCACACCCUCACCCAAAGCAAACUGAGCAAGAUCAUGGCCAAGAUGGACCAGGAACCCAUCCAUAAGUGACUGUCAUGUUUUUAAGUAAUGUCAAAUAUGUUUAUAAGAGAAUACAUGCUUGAUGUUGUUAUGUGUUUGCUGCUCCUGGGCACACGUUUUUUCAGUUAUGAUGGUCAGCCAUGACCUGUUAAUGACCUGCACCAAGACGCCAAAGAGAUUCGUGGAACAGGGCAUAAGUGAUGUUGACUGUAUAGCUUGUUUGCCUUUGGCUCAAAAAGGGAGGUGUGUGUGUGUGUGUGUGUGUGUGUGUGUGUGUGUGUGUGUGUGUGUGUGUGUGUGUGUGUGUGUGUGUGUGUGUGUGUGUGUGUGUGUGUGUGUGUGUGUCUUACAAGAGGAUAGUCCGAAGUUCAAAGACGCACAAUUUUAGCAGAUUUUACGAACUACACUAGCAUAGCAUACGUAGCCUAGCAUUAACCAGAGCAAUGUUACCAUUGGCGAAUGCAAACACUCACUGAGUGCCCUUUUAAUGCCUAUUGCUAAAGUUUUGCAUACCCACUGUAAAGGGCAAUUCACACCAAGAACGAUAACGAUAACUAUAACCAUAACGAUAAAAGCGUCCACACUGGCCAAUGAUAAGAAAAGUCUCUCCUCAUGUUAACCCUUUCAUGCGCAACGUCCACAUGCAUGGACAGUAACUUUAACUCUGUUUUCUACUUAUUUAUCAUGUUGAUAUACACCAAUCCACUUCAGGGCAGUUUUAGUAGGUCCUUGGCAAUAUAUUAACAAUAUGUAUCAUCUUAUAUUUGGAAUAUUGACUGCUUGAUGACAUCAUCAAUUCAACAUGAGUGACAGUAAUGGCCAUAUGCUGAAUGCUCCAGGCAUAUCUGUAAAAAGCUAGUACUCAAGAAGGCAAAAUCAUGUAAAAAAAAAUAUUAUGCUGUACAGGAGAGUGUGUUGAACAACUCUAUGUUUUCAGAAAUUAAAUCGGAUGUAAAAUGGAGUUUGUAGACCCUAAAAAGCAACUGUCCACGUAUGUGGACGUUGCGCAACAGAGGAGUUAAAUGGCCAAAAAUUAGAUUUUGUAACUAGGACUUUUUUUUUUUUUUUUUUUUUUCAAAUAUGAUUUUAAUUGCUUUAAAUUACAAAGAAACAAA